AUGCAUUAUCGCAAGCGGCUGCCCACGGGUCACGAAUUUAACUUUGCAACUGCGAGGAUAAUCACAUACGCUGGCGACAAGACAGGCCGAGAAUUGAUUGAAGCCCGGGCCUUGGAUGACAACGAAGUCAACCGAUGUAUUGAGCUGGCGCCCACUCAGAUCGCCCUGCGCAGGCAUCUCUGGACUGACGGUGCUGGUGGUUAA